UAUAAAUGUUUCUGGAAGUUUUGUAUGAACUAAAAAAAUUGGGUUGAAAAAAUACAUUUUUUGCUUCCUGUCAGGGAAUAUUCUUGGCCCGCUUGACAUACGAAACGGGAAAUAUUCUGAUGAUCGUCUCGAGAUCGAAAUGGUGGUGGUCAUGGUGGUUUUUGGUACCGGUUUGCCUAUCCUCGUGGACCAAGUACGUCGAAGAAUACGAUUCCAUGGGGGUUGCUCGAUGCGAUGCUAAAUGCAGCGAUUCCACUCGAACCGAACAAUGCAUGGACUCCUGCCUAACAGCCAACUACACGAAGCCGGGUAACUGUCCCGAGGAGAAUUCGAUGUCACCGUUCGAAGCUGCUUGCAUCAUCGCCUGUGCGAACGACUCGCAGUGUCCCGAUCUUGCCAAAUGUUGCCCCAACGAUUGUGGUGUCACUUGUAUGAGACCCACAGGAUUCGAUGAUCGAAACGAUAUUCCGUCAAUACCGGAAAACAUUGAAAUACGACGUGAGAAAAGCAACCUCGUUAUUCUCAGUUGGAAGGUUAAACCUUCCCUGGACUCUAACAGGAACGAAUCUACCGUUCGGUAUCUCGUCGAAGAGCGGCAUUCCUUGGGCCCAAGGUAUUUGGAGUCGCGACUCAGCUCCUGGUCCGUUCGCCACGUAUCGAACAAACCUCACGCUUCUCUCAGAGCUGGACUCAAGAGUGGACACUGGUAUCAAUUCCGAGUUGCCGCUGUCAACGUCAACGGUUCCCGAGGAUACUCGUCACCUUCGGCAGCGUUCAAAACGAUGGAACCUAGAAAUCCGAGGGAACCGAGAAAUCUUUCAUUGAGCGGAGCUCGAGUUCAGGCGGAUGGAAAACUACGAAUACUUUUACGGUGGCGUCCACCACCUUCCGAUGUUCCGAUCAUGUUCUAUAAACUCUUCUGGAGCCGAUUAAUUCAUGGACCAGCGAAUGACUCGAUUCUUGUCAAUCAUAGAACAGUUUCUAAGGAAAAAGUGUGCUAUGAAGUGAAAAAUCUCGAGCUCGGCUGUCAGUAUUUUCUUCAGGUUCAAGCAGUGGCUGUUUACGGGGGCCGUCGGUUAGCCUCAAGAAAAGCUUCGAAAGUUUUUAACAGUACGGAUUAUAAGAAUUACGCCGACGGUGAGGGACGAUCGCGAAAAUGUGAAAGACACAAUCAAGGACUUCGGGUACGAAGAUUAAUUUGUCAGUGCGGGGGUGAACAGAUCGAGGCUCGCUUAGUUUGGCCACCCGAUCCAGAUGCCACGAGUUACAACGUUACGUGGACCGAAGAGACGUGCGGUUCUUUAGCGAACAACGAAGAAUCCACAAAGUCAAAUCAACGAAUUUCCGGAACGCGAACUACCGAAAAAACACGUCUGGAUAUAAAAGGAUUGAGAAGAAAGUGCACGUACACGUUAAACGUAAGAAGCGUCUCGAGUCCGGGAAGGCGUCGAGAGCGCGAUCGAAAUCGGUUGGAAGAUCGAAAAAUAGGCAUCGAAUUCGUGACGAACGAUUGCGAGUACCGUAAAACGAAACGAGGCGAGAGGGAACGAAAUUCAGAAUCGUCGCGAUGUCGACGAAGAAAAGCGAGGAUCAAGAGAUUUUUUCAUUAAAUAAUCAAUUUUGAGAUAAGCGAAAGCGAGUAAGCAGCACUACGAAUGUAAAAUAAAUCG